AUGGCCGGCAGGUGCCCGGACACCUGGGCCGGCGCCGCCCGGCUCCUGCUGCUACUGCUGGGCCCUGUGCUUCCCUUCCCCCUCCAGCUGCCCCUCGGCCCCCUGGCGGUGCUGCUGGGGGGGGACCUCUCAAUCCCGCUCUCCUACCCCCCGACCCAGCCACCCCCCAGAAUUGUGUGGCAGAGGAACCUGACGGCGCUGGCAGACGGACGCCUGGGUCCCAACGGCUCGGUGACCGUGGCCUCGGCCUACCAGGACCGGCUCAGCGUGGACCCCCAAGGGGGGGCGCUCACCAUCUCCCCCGUGGUCCUGCAGGAUGCUGGCCCCUACACGGUUGAGGUCUUCCCACUGGGGGGCCAGGUGUGGAGGGGGGACGUCCAGGUGGAGGUGUACGAGCUGGUAGGGAAGGUCUCUGUGACGCCCCCGUCCCUGGCGGUGAGCGAAGGCAUCGGGUCAGCGGCUCUCACCUGCGCCCCCGUGCGGGGCACCGUCACCUGGACCAGGAAUGGGCAACGCCUGGAUCCGAACACCCGGUACCGGGUCUCGGCUGGGACCCUCCAGAUCAGCCGGCCUGACCGGAACGACAGCGGCACCUACAACUGCACCGUGUCCAACCCAUUCAGCACCGGCGCCGGCACCGCCCACAUACGGGUCUAUUAUGGGCCGGAGCCCCCCACGAUCAGCCUCUCAUCGGACGGGGACCCAGAGCCCCGGCGCUACGUCCGGGUGAACAGCACGGUGACGCUGGCCUGCCGGGCCCCCUCGGACCCCCCUGCCCAGAUCUACUGGAGCCUGGCCGACGCCAGCGACCCCCUGGUCCCGGCCCAGCCGGACCUGACGCUGCCCCGGGUGCAGCUCAGCCAGGCCGGGCUGUACUCCUGCCUCGCCAGCAACCCGCAAACCCAGCGCCAGCUCCGCGCCACCCUGAUCCUCACCGUCACCCAGAUCCCCCCUGGAUCCCCCUUCUGCUCCCUGGACUCGGUGGCCAAUGGCACGGCCCUUCGCUUCCUCUGCUCGUGGCCAGGGGGCUCCCCGGCUCCCAGCCUGAGUCUGCAGGGGUUGCCAGGGGGUGCGGAGGAAGGGGUCGGUUCCACCCUCGAGCAGACCCUGAGCUCCCCCCAGCCCGCCCUCAGUGGUACCCCGGUCACCUGCCUGGGGAGACACCUCGCUGCUGAGGGGAACUGCAGCAUGACACCCGAAGCCCCCUCGGGGGUCUCUCUCUCAUUCCAGGCCUCCCUGGACCCCGGGGACACUGUCCUGCUGGAUCUGGAGUGCCGGGGCACCUACCGGCCUGUGGAAAUCGCCUGGGCCCGGGACGGGGCGCCGCUGGGUCCGGGCGGGCGGUACCGGGUCAGCGCCGACGGGGCCCGACUCACCAUCAGCAACUUCACGGCCCCGCAGGACCUGGGGGGCUACUCGGUGCGGUGCCAGAACCCGCUGGGCUCCCAGGAGAGUAACCUCACGCUGACGGGUCCGUCUGUCUCCGGCUGGACCCUGGUGCGUGGUUCGGAGCCCGGCUCGGCCCGGCUGAGCUGGGCAGUGCCAGAGGGCUCCGUGGUCACUGGGUUCUUGAUCCAGCUCCAGGGGCCCCCCGGGGGCCGAGCAGCUGGGGAGUGGCAGACGCUGCAGACGCUAGGGGGUGCCACUCGCUCCAGCACCGUGGGGGGGCUCCAGCCCCACACCUCCUAUUCCUUCCGGCUGCUGCCCCUGCUGGGAACCCAGGCUGGGGAACCCAGCCACACGCAGAUGCUUUUGCCAACCUCUACCCUGAGCCCCGGCGCCAUCGCGGGCAUCGUGUUGGGCUCGAUCCUGGCCAUGAUCCUGCUCCUUGCCCUCCUCGUGCUCCUGAUCUGGUUCCUCCGGGCGCGAUGGGGAAAGAGGGAGAAGAUGCCCCUGACCCCGCCCAGGACCCGCCAGCAUUACCUUCCCCGUCAGUUCCCAAACGGGAGAGAGUCCGACCCCGUCGAGCCCCCGGCCCCACCCUCCCGGGCAUCUUCGCGCUGCUCCUGGGGGGAUGGCGACCUGUCCUCCAUCAGCUACGAGGAGCAUCUGCGCAUCCACGGCCCCCCUGCAGCCUGGGCGCCCUGGAGAUGGCAGGGGCCCUGGGCUCCCAUCUCUGGCCAGUUCGCAGGGCCCCAGGACAGCGCGCAGCGCCACACGUGUAUGACUGGCAUGGGAGAGCCAGCGUGGGAGCCAGGCGUCCGGGAGAGCCUUACAGGGGACUGAGUGCCAGCAAUGAACCCAGGCGUCCGGGAGGCAUCGAUAGAAUGGACUGAGCCUGCAUAGGACGAGGCUCCGUGGGCCCCCCUCCCGCCCUGAGUGUCCCGUGGUCCUGUGCUAGCCCCCCAACCUCCCCAGAACUGACUAUGGGACUAGGAUGGGUCCACAUGCUUCUGCUGGGAGAAAGAGACUGGCCAGGAGGGGGUGGAACUUCCUGUUUUCUUAGUGAACUUGGGGAGAGGGUGGGACUUCCUGUUUUUGCAAAUUAUCUCAGUUUAUACAUGGCUCUGAUUAGAUCUCUGGAGAGAGAGAGGGGGAGAGUUACAUAUGUCUGUGCCUGCCUCUCCCAUCCCCAUCCACACCUCUUGGUCCACCCAUUCCUCCAUCCAUUAAUCCUUCCAUCCAUCUCCGUCCACAUCCAUCCAUCCCCAUACAUAGCCCUCUAUCUUUCCAUCCAUCCCAUCCUUCCUCCCUCCAUCCCCAUACACAGCCCUCUAUCUUUCCAUCCAUCCAUCUUUCCUCCCUCUCUCCAUCCAUCCCCAUCCACAUAUCCCCAUAUACAGCCCUCUAUCCUUCCUUUCAUCCAUCCAUCUAUCCAUCCACAUUCGUCCUUCCUUCGAUCCAUCUCCAUCCACAGCCUGUGUUUUGGCAGAAGGUGCCAUUGCUACAGGUGAUAACAGAGCGAUUUAUAUUUUUAAUAACGUGUUUUUGGAACUUUUCUUGUCAUCCAACCCCUCCCGCUGCUGCCUGUGGCGGAGGCUGGUGUCUGCUGAAUACCUAGACCAGCCUGAAUCCACAGGGAAAGACUUGGCAUUGGAGCACAUUUUCUUUUAAACAUGAUUAACCUGUGGAACUCCCUCCCCCAUGAUCUGAAGGUCAGGGAGAGCCUGGAAGCUGCCCCUGGAGAGGGGACGAGUCCUGCUGUGUGUUUUCCUGGCUGCAGCCCAUGCUGACCCCCCUCAUCUCAGCCCCUCCCACCAGGGUCCCCCAGGCCCCAGCUUGCUGCACCCCCCCCCACACGGACAGCCUGCCCCCUCCAGACUGUUGGACCAUGGAUUUGAAUCAUGGCCCCAGCGCUGGCCUGUGUGGGGCCCCAGGCAUGGGUGGGGGGCAGCCCCCAGGCUGGCUGAUCCAUGGGGCGGAAGGGAGGGUAACAAACCAGGACAGGCCAGGGAAAAGAGAAGACCCUAAGUAGGAGGUGGGAUGGCAGGGGGCUGCAGGUCGGGAUGGAGGGGCACCAGAUGGGGUGGGGCAAGAGUGGGAUACGGUAUCUGUGCACAUAGAAACAGGUGCCAACAACCGAGACUAGAACCCAAGAGUCCUGACUCCCCCUUCGGCGUCCCCCCCACCACACUAGACCCCACCCCCU